AUGGCGUCCGAAAGUGAUGUUGUGUUCAGUCGAGAGCAGGAUGAAAAUGACUCUGACAUUUGGGACGACAGUGCCUUGAUACAGGCAUACGACAAGGCUGUACACGCUAUGAAGAUAGCUCUGGAAAAUGAUGAAGAGAUAGAUGACCCAAAGGACAAAGAAAGCGACAGCAUCACAAAUGAAACAGACAUCAAGACGGAAGAAACUGACGACAAUGGAUGCCAGGUGACCAGUGCAUUGCCAUGUACUCUGAAGACCAGCUGUGGUACCCAGCUGAGAUCCUCUCCAUCAACCGCAGAGAAGACUUGCCUUGUGAGAUAUAGCUACUAUGGUAAUGAGGAGGAACAGAACCUGAAGGACCUGUCCUCAGUUGACCAGGAGGGAGAAUUUGUACAUGCUUAUAGUGGAAAUGCAGCUGUUGAGGGUAGUUCAGGGUCUAAGAAAUGGAGUCAGUAUAACAACUCGGACGCAGGUGGCGGCCCAUCCCGGUACGAGUCCUGGUGGAGGGAUUAUUACAAGCAGUACGGCGCGCACCAGGCACCUCCAUCACAGCCUCACCUCCCCCCACCCCCCUCAGGACAGGGGCACGGCUCACAGGUCCCCCCACCCCCACCAUUUCCCUGGGCAGGGAACAUGCCAGGGUUCCCGAUGUGGCCACCAAGGCCAGGCAGACAGGAGAAACCACUACCACCUCCGCCAGUACAGAAGAUGCCACCGCUGCCACCACCUCCUGCUGUUACAGAUGGUCUGGAAGAUGAGGACUCGCUAGCCUGUAUGUUAAUGGCCUGGUACAUGAGUGGCUACCAUACUGGGUACUACCAGGGUUUGAAGGAUGCCAAGACAGGAGGAAGACCAAGUAGAUUAGGCGGCCAAUCCCCAGGUUCUGCAGGCUCUAGACAUUCCAACAAUGCAGACAGAUGGGGGUGGAAAUAGUCUACUGACAGGCUAAAAUACUGGUAGAGCUGUGAUCAUAGGACUAGUCAUGCCUCCUAGCAGACAAGAGUAGAAGUGCAGAGCCUUUUUGGCAGACUUAUUUUCGUCUACACCAUGUUGUAUUUGUACAGUUAAGUUAAAACUAUUCUGUAUUCAGGUCGGGUAGAUGAUGACCAACUCAUUAUAGUCCAAGUCAUUUCUUUUAUCUACAACAAUCCAGGAAAAUCCACAAACAAUAUGACUUAUCCUUGGAAAAAAGUUGGAUGUCGAAUAACGUGAGUACGAUAUACUGGGUACAUCAAUGCAGUGGAAACCUGACUGUAACAUCAAAGAUCAUCAGGAUAAUACAAACUACCAGGUGGGAAGAAAGAUCUGAGAGAGCAUACGAAAGGUAGAAUACAAGUACAGAAAUACUUUCUUAAGGUUAGCAGUCAUUGCUAAUCCUUUCUGAAGCAGGGCUCGCCUUCUUCGCAGACUUGUGGAGGUGUUGUUUUUUUUCCGGGGGAGGGCACUGAUUCCCGAUUUUCAACAUGGCCUAAGAAUAAAAUAGCCCCUGAAAAUAAACACUACCACUUAAGGAGUCUACGAGGCUUAUGCAAUGCGAGCUUCCCCAGCAUAAUCAGUGUAGCAGAUGUUCAGGAUGUGGCAGGGAAGGAUGGAAGCAGGGCCUUGUGCUGGGUGUGGCAGCCAGGAGCCAAUGGGCAUCGGUUUGGCCACCACUGCCGAGCCCCACUGCAGGAGGGUUUAACAGACGCAUAGUUCUAUAUCAAGUCAAUUCGAGUUCAGGAUCAACUUUUGGGGGGCUUUCAAAGUUUGUGGGGAAGUUGUUUUUUCUUUCACUUUAGCUCACCAUUUUGCAGCCCAGUUAUCAAACCGAAAAUACAACUGUACCAAAGAAAAAUGUCAACCAGUGGACUCUUAUGGACUUGAUAAUGAAGUGUGACACCCCCAGCUCUUUUAUUUGAUGGCACUACUCUACUUGCACCAGUUAAGUACUAUUGGAGAAGAGCAGGAAUGUUAAAUGUAUUUACCAAAAUGUGCAAGUCAGUUUAAGAGUCAAGAUCUCUUUAAAGUUCAAACACAACUUCAGACCAGUACACAGUAUUGUUCAAGGACUGCACAUUUGAAAAAAAAGUUUUAUUCAGAAAAUAGAGGAUCUUUUGUAGAUUCACCGGUGUUUGUGUGCCAGGUGGGAAACCAGCAGUUCAUUAAUAGAAGUACCAUUGGUAUUGCAACUUUGUGUUUAGUAUACACGAACUCAUACGAGAUGCAUACUGCAACUGAUGGAAAAAGAAAGCUCAACAAAUACAUAUUUGAAGCUGGUAACCUGAUAGCAGUUUGGGCACAAAGUAACUGCUUUACAUUUCAAUAGAGGUAUUAUCUAAACUACAGCUAUUGGUAAUGUUUUUAUCACUUAAAAUGACUACACUAUAAUCUAUGAUUUGCUUACGCCAGUUAUGUAUAGGCCUCUUAUUGCGUCAGGUACACUGUGCAUAAAAGUUUAGUAUGUCCAACUCAUAAUACUUCAUUAAUACCAUAACAAAGUUUAAUGUUUCAAAUAAGGGUGUCGAUAACAAUGGAAACUGACGGUGUUUUACUGCAUUAUUUCUAUACACUGUAUCCGAUUGUAUCUACAAAUACAGUACAAUAUGUGUUGCACAUUUUGCUGAGAGUACACAUUUGUAGUAUGUUACGUUUGGUGUCCAGAAAUGCGACAAGCAUGCACAUACAGUACAUGUAUCUGUGAUGACACCUGUGCUACCUUUCCUUUAUUACAUCAAUACUGUCAGGUUGAUAGCCAUCAAUGCGAAGGUGUACAAUGUGGUGGCUUCAUAUGUAAUAAAAGCUUUGAUAUAUAUUAAUAUACAAAUGGUUUCAAAGUUUGAUCAAAGUACAAUGUACACUAGCGAUGUACAAAUGUUUAACUGUAAGUUGUAGCCCUUACCAUGGAACUCAUUGUCAGUUUUUCAUU